AGGGGGGUUAGGGGGAGGUGGGUUGAAAUAAGUAGGCGGCCCGGUGCUAAGGGAUGAGUGAGACGUAGCUCGGCCUCUUCCCAGCAAGUUCUCACCGGCUCGAGUUCAGAUUCAGAAAAGGAGCCAGGAGCGAAGCUCACCAGACCCCGGCGGGCAGGACUCCCGGGCUGCGGAGCGCUCCCGCGUGUCGGGCGCUUGGAGUCACCGCAGCUAGAGAAGCGUCAGGACUCUAGUUCGCCAGGGGUGCCAGGGGGCUCCAGAGUCUCUGGUCACUCAAGUCCAGUGCAGCGACCCUCACAGACGCGCUUUGCCCGGGACCAACGCGGAACAAGGUAACUGAAGCCCUGGGGCGCCUGGGCUCAGCGAGGCGAAUGCCGGCAAGACUGACUCCUGGUUCCUUAUUGUAACUGGUGCCUCUUUUCUGUGUCCUCAAAGGCAGUUCUUUGGCCAAAGGAAGGCUGCAAGAUCUUUGUGAAAGUGAGAGCAGUUGCAACAUAGGGUUGAUGGGGAUGCUGGUUCAAGGACUUCUAACUCUGGGUCCCUGUUGGCCUCUGACCUAGGGAGGAAGGAAGGGACAGACAGACGGGCCUGGGCCAUUGGAUUCAGCCAUGCUUGGCUAGCUAGAAUUCCAGUAUUCCAGUAAGGUGCCCACAGAUUUUAUAAGGCAGUCUGCAGGCUUCCUUUAAGAGACUAGAGCAACUUAAGAGAACACAAACUUUUUUUUUUUUGCAGGUUGCCCUUUUAAUAAAGAAAGAUCCCUCCCUAGCUGAGGAAGCGGGGAGAGUGGGUGCAUGGUCAUAAUCUAAAGCCUACAGCAUCCGGGACAGGUGCAUUGCCCCAACUCUGUUGCGCUUUAAUGCAAAUGCUUCUUUUGCGGACUUGUACUUUAGUCUUCAACCCCAACUGCCACAGGGCUACUGCGAGUCUGAUAUCCGCCUCCAGUUGGACUCUGUUUGGGAUGGUCUCUGUUUGGAGGGUUUCCGUGUGUCCUCAGGCCUGCAAAUCAUAACCUUCGAUUGUCUCUAGUGUAGGGAGUUAUGCUGGGUGGGGGAGGCAGAGGGCACAAACGAACACUGUUCCCUAACUGGAGAACAGGACGCCCAGAAGCAGAACAAUCAUGAGGCUGCGGAUACCUCAAGCGUGGGGAUUCUUUUUUGCACCAUUGGUAGUCGCCUAACCCAGCUUUAAGAGAGAGAGAUGGGGGGCCAAAAUGAGAGAAAAGGUGAGGGCGAGGGUGGCUGCUGGCUGAAGGAAUCUUACCUUCCACCAGCGGCAUCCUUGAUAAUAAAAAUUCUCCCGCGCAGCCCUCUCUCAGCAAUCCUGCACAAGCCGGGUGGGCUCCGGAGCAGAGUUUAGCCGCAAAGGUUUCUUUGUCGCAAUAAUUCGGUGUCUCUAAUUCCAUGGGACUUGCAAGUUAGCUCUUUGAAAGAGAACCACGUGCAAAGCUGUUCUCCUGGUUUCACAGCCUCCCAGAAAAGGAGUGGGUUGACUGGCAGGGAAGGGGAACCAACGAGGACUGGUGGGUAGAUGGUCUAUCACAGGCUCUCUCAAGUAAUUGCGAUUUCAUUGUGAUUGGGAAGCUGACUCCUGGGGACACAGCGGGCAUCUCAAUACUGCAGAAUGGCUAACGAAAGUGGGUUCCUUCGAUCUCGUUUGUUGGAAAAAAAUACAGCUAAAAUAUCGGGUGUUGGUCAGUCCUCCGGACCUGGAUUGGAAAAUCUGUCACCAUUCAAAUGGAGAUUCCAUGUCAAGGAUGAUAUUGGGAUGAGGUGUGGAUGCUGCUGGGCUCCUUCAGGCAAAAGCUCGUGGGGUUCGCUCUGUCCUCAUUAAUGCAAGCAGUUAACUCACUCACGCUCAAUUAGCCCCGAAUAAACCUCUUUAAUAGGCUGCACACUUCAUUAAUGCCCUCCAUAGGGAUGGCGGCAGACACGGGAUUGGCAUUCUACUGCAAAAGGGACACGAAUGACUGUGCAGCGCAUGGACCCCUGCUCUGAGGCACGAAUUGAGUUCACUGCAGCGAGUCAGGACAUUUACUACCGAGUCUCCAGGCCUGAGCUCCACGUGGAGUAGAUACUGGGCCUUAGAAGAGGUGGUCCCUACCCGAUUAAACAGGGGAAAAGCUCAGGUUGGGGUAGGGGGUAGGGGGCACUGGAACUGGAGAGGCCCCAUGUUCCUCUCAUCUUUCAGGCCACAGUGGCAUAUCAGCAAUUGUGUUUUCUUCUUAGCUGGUCACUUGAAACCAGCUAUUGCAUACGGUCCAUUUUAAGUACCGAUGUAAAGAUCCACAUUUACAACGAAAUUUGUCCACGGGGAAGGUUGGUGGCAUAACCCUUGGAAUCCCACGCCUAAGAAAGCUACAGAAAAUAAACGGCUUGGUCCACUGAGAAAAACAAAUGGCGUGUUGGAGGAAAUAAGAUCAGGCAGAGAGGUUGCAAGGACCUCCCUCCAGGGUCCCAAGGCCUUUCCAGACUUUUUGGCUUCUAGAGGCAGGCAAAGAAGGAUCGGAAGAAGUUUGUAGCAGUUCAAGCCAGAGUCCUGCUGCUGCCAUCACUGGUUGACAUCCCAAGGGCCCAGUAGGAGAGGGGUUAGUGUGGCCUCCCCAUUGCCCAGGGCCCCAAUAGAGUCGAAGAUAAAAUCCAAUUUUCAGUGCCUAGAAGAGAAGCAGGGGUGGCAAAUCAAAGAGUGGUCAAUUAGUCUCUGUCCUGCAGAGCUUUGAAGUUGGGGGCCUUCUUUUCUUCAUCUCCAAUCCAAAGGGGUUCCCUGCUUUCUUUUCAGCCCAAGAUCAACUGUACUUUGCUUUUUCCUUGUCCCUUGUUUGUUUGUCUGGCCCAGGUUUUGUGAAUUGUUUAGUAGAGAAGGCUGGGAUAUGAUUGCUAUCCUGCUAGCUAGCCAGGUUGGAUCUCAGCAGAGAGAGAGAGAGAGAGAGAGAGAGAGAGAGAGAGAGAGAGAGAGAGAGAGAGACAGAGAGAGACAGAGAGAGACAGAGAGACAGAGAGACAGAGAGCUCCUUAUCUGGGAGGCCAAAUUAAUUGCAGGCCCAUAUCAGUCAGCCGGUUCUUACAUUUGUGCAUUGGUCACUGUCUUCCUUUGGAUCUAGCUGUAUCACCAGUCACCUUCUUGCUAGCUGCAAGAGAGGUUUUCUCAGUAGUGUCCUCAGUUUCUCCCCUUCAAACACGCACUGUGCAUUUUUGGACCAGCCAGACAUUUUAGAGCCUCAGGCAGAGAAAAGAAAUUGACCCCACUCCCUCUGCCUUGAAAUGAAAAGUGUUGAAAGUGUUUAGACCCUCUAGGACUGAGCUGUGAAGAGGGAGUCAGAAAAGUACCUUGUAUCAGGGAAAGAAAACUCAAGACAGAGGAGAGAUGUGGGUAAAAGAGGCACUGGCUCAAAGAAGAAAUCAGAAGCCAGAUACUGCCACUGGGAAAGGGGAAGGAUUUUACAAAGACCCUGCUCUGACAAGGAUCCCAGCGUUGUCAGUGAACCCCAAGCCUAGAGGCUUCCCAAGGAUCGCUACAUCUGGCUUCCCUUCAUUUUCCCUCUUCCAAGAUAUAGACCCAAAUUAGAAAUGUCUGGAGGGACAGAGGAGCUCCCCACUUUCCCAUACAUCCUGAGGAACUUGACCAAAGUAGUCAGAAGCUGCCAGCUUUGGUGGCCUUGGUCCCUUUGGCAUGGCACCCCGACCCUAUUCAGGAACCCUGAUUUUCUAGUCAGAGAGUAAACAGAGUUCAGCAGUGGAGGCCUGGCAUUAGUGUCACACACUGACCUUGCCCAGAGUUCUCACCCUGCAGAAGAAAACUGAACAUCUUGCUCCUCUUUGCUAUGAGCACAUGAAUUCCCUCAGUUGGAAUUGCAACGGUUUGACGGAGCAAAUGGAGUGAAGCACAGAUAUCAGUAACUUUCUUGAAAUGAGGGUAACCUAACCAUCAAAGGUUAGGGAGUCCUCAGUAAGCAGCUACCAAGAGCACAGACCCCACUGGAUUCACCAAUCAGUCUUAAGGUACAUUGCAAACUUAGAUCCGAGUGGGAGUCUUAAAGAUGACCUGAUUCUUGUGGCUUCUGGAAACCAAACCAGUUACCCCAUGAAAUAGGAAUUUCUGGUUUCGUUGGCUUAACUUGCAGGAACUGGGCGGUAUACGUAUUUGAAGCCUCCUGCGUUCUGUACAGGGUUGUCCUAUAAAAACACUGGCUGCUCUUCGACUCUGGACCUUCUUGUUGAUUCUGCUGCAGAAUGAGAUAAUCUGAAUGUAUCGAUUAUUGAAGCCAUUGCGGUUACCAGCGACAGAAAUGGGCAGCAAAACCUUGCCAGCACCGGUGCCCAUCCACCCAUCCCUGCAGCUUACCAAUUACUCUUUCCUUCAGGCAGUGAAUGGCUUACCCACAGUGCCCUCGGACCACCUGCCCAACCUGUAUGGUUUCAGCGCUCUUCACGCGGUGCAUCUGCACCAAUGGACGCUGGGCUACCCAGCCAUGCACUUGCCUCGUUCCUCUUUUUCUAAAGUGCCAGGUGCGGUGUCCAGCCUAAUGGACGCUCGCUUCCAGCUGCCAGCUUUUCCCUGGUUUCCACACGUCAUUCACCCUAAGCCAGAGAUCACCGCGGGAGGCAGCGGUGCAGCGCUUAAGACCAAGCCGCGCUUUGAUUUCGCUAACCUGGCCUUGGCUGCCACACAAGAGGAUCCCACCAAGCUUGGCCGAGGGGAGGGCCCUGGCUCCCCUGCUGGUGGGCUGGGCGCCCUCCUGGACGUGACCAAGCUGUCUCCAGAAAAGAAGCCAACAAGGGGUCGCCUGCCUUCCAAGACCAAGAAGGAAUUCGUCUGCAAGUUCUGUGGCCGCCACUUCACUAAGUCCUAUAACCUACUUAUCCACGAGCGGACGCACACCGAUGAGCGGCCUUACACCUGUGACAUCUGCCACAAAGCUUUCCGGAGGCAAGACCACCUACGGGACCACAGAUAUAUUCACUCCAAAGAGAAGCCUUUCAAGUGUCAAGAGUGUGGAAAAGGAUUCUGCCAGUCCCGGACUCUCGCUGUCCACAAGACGCUACACUCACAAGUGAAGGAGCUCAAAACCUCCAAGAUCAAAUGCUAAAUAAACAAAGCCUGCGGGGCACCAGGAACCUGGGGCGUGCUGCCGCCUUCUCUACUAGAGGGACCCGAGCUGAAGGCAACUCUGCGGGCAGCGGGAGGGGCUUUUGGGAUCCUCGUUCCACAGCAACAAAGUCCCCUGGGUCCCUAGCGCUUGCGGCGCUCCUGAGCCUUGGCCCGGGCCGCGACUCCUACAGCCUGGGCGGCUCUCCUAGGACGCGGCUAAAACUCUUGGCCAAAGGGCGGUACUCAACUCACAUGGCGGAAGGAAAACUGCAUUAAAACACACACACACACACACACACACACACACACACACACACACACACACACACACACACACAACGAAAACUGCUGAGCCGCAGCGGCGCCUCUCACAGAAGUAUUACUUUUUCUAUUGUUAUUUUAUACGUUUUCUUUAUCCUCCUCCCUCCCCUGACUAUAUAAGCUUGUAAAGUCUUGACUGUGGAGAGGGGGAAAGAAAAGAUCUAUGCACCCUGGCAAUUUCCAGUCCCCCUUCCUUUCCCUAUCCCCACACCGGGGAGCCUGCGAAAGUGUAAUCCUUGUAUCUGCUUCUGCCAUCCGGCCCCAGGGGCCGCUGGCUCCGCGCGACUCCUGGGCCUCCAGCUGACCUUCAGCUCCGGGCGCGGAAACCGGGCUGAGAACCAGGCGCCCGGGGCUAGGGGGGCCGAGCCUCCGCUCCCCUGUUCCAACGGUGCGUGUGAGCGAGCGAGCAGCCGGCCAGGAGCCGGGCGUUGUAUUGCGACUGGCACUUUAUGCUGACAUCGGUAACGGACAUUUAUCACUGGAGUUUUUUUUUUAACUAUUAAAUAAACGGUUAUUUUACAGGCA